AGGAAUCACAGCCCAUUGAUGAGCUUUGGCGCUAGCUUUGUAAGCUUUCUGAAUGCAAUGAUGACUUUUGAGGAGGAAAAAAUGCAAGUGGCGUGUGAUGACUUGAAAAUGACAGAAAAAUUAUGUGAAAGUGAUGAAGGUGUGAUAGAAACUAUCAAAAACAAGAUCAAGAAAAAUGUUGAUGUUAGAAAGUCUGCCCAGUCUAUGAUUGACCGCUUGCAGAGGCAGAUCAUUGUUGCAGACUGCCAGGUUUACUUAGCCGUGCUUUCCUUUGUUAAGCAGGAACUGUCAGCGUACAUUAAAGGUGGUUGGAUCCUGCGCAAAGCAUGGAAAAUUUACCACAAAUGCUAUAUGGACAUUAACUCCCUUCAGGAAAUGUGUCAGAAGAAGCUGUCUCAGGAAUCCUCGCCCUCUGAUGCCGCUAAUGAUAACCACAUUGCUGCUGAGGGGGUCACGGAGGAGGCUCUGAACAGACUGAAAGGUGCUGUGAGCUUUGGCUAUGGACUUUUUCACCUUUGCAUAUCCAUGGUGCCCCCAAACCUGCUCAAAAUCAUCAACUUGCUGGGUUUUCCAGGAGAUCGUCUGCAGGGGCUCUCUUCACUGAUGUAUGCAAGUGAAAGUAAGGACAUGAAGGCCCCUUUAGCUACACUAGCUUUGCUGUGGUACCACACUGUAGUUCGCCCAUUCUUUGCACUGGAUGGAAGUGACAAUCAAGCAGGACUAAAAGAAGCAAAAGAGAUUCUACACAAGAAGGAAUCUGCAUACCCCAACUCCUCAUUAUUCAUGUUCUUCAAGGGAAGAAUACAGAGACUAGAGUGUCAAAUAAACAGUGCCUUGUCCUCCUUUCAUACUGCCCUGGAGCUUGCGACAGAUCAAAGAGAGAUACAGCAUGUGUGUCUGUAUGAAAUUGGCUGGUGCAGUAUGAUAGAAAUGAGUUUUAAGGAUGCCUUCCGAUCUUUUGAAAGACUUAAAAAUGAAUCUAGGUGGUCCCAGUGUUACUAUGCCUAUCUCACGGCAGUGUGUCAAGGUGCCACAGGAGAUGUGGAUGGAGCACAGGAAGUGUUCAGAGAAGUUCAGAAGCUUUUCAAGAGAAAAAACAAUCAGAUUGAACAAUUUUCAGUAAAAAAGGGUGACAGAUUUAGAAAACAAACUCCCACCAAACAGCUGUGUGUCUUGGCUGCCAUUGAGGUUCUGUACCUGUGGAAAGCUCUGCCCAACUGUUCGAUGUCUAACCUGCAGCACAUGAGCCAAGCUUGCCACGAGGUGCUGGAUCCCUCUGUUGUAGGAUUAAGGAAUUUGCUCCUUGGUGCUAUCCAUAAAUGUCUGGGAAAUUCUGAAGAUGCCAUUCAGUUCUUCCAGCGUGCUGUGAAAGAUGAACUGGGGCGACAGCAGAACCUCUACAUACAGCCGUAUGCCUGCUAUGAACUGGGCUGCAUUUUGUUGGACAAUCCAGAGACUGUUGCAAAAGGGAAAACUCUGCUUUUUCAAGCCAAGGAGGACUUCACAGGUUAUGACUUUGAGAACAGACUGCAUGUACGGAUCCACGCAGCCUUAGCCUCUCUCAGGGAGGUGGUCCCUCAGUGA